GACUAGAAUGAACGACAAACAUGGCGGACACCGAUGCAGCCAAAUCUCUGAGCGGUUUGCUGAACGGAAUCACCCAAAAAGUCUAUUACAACAAUCCAGACAUUACAGAGGAGCUACUGAAGAAUGAACUUUAUCUGGAAAUGUCACAGGACGAGUUUAGCGCUUUACACGAGAAAAUGAGAGGACUGCUCAAGUCUAUAGCCUCCGCAGACAUGGACCAGGGGCAGCUGGAUGCCUUUCUCACUGCCCAGACAAAGAGGCGUCAAGGCGGGGCGGGCCUGAGCUCAGAGCAGGCUGCUGUGCUCACUCGGUUUUGGAAAACUCACCGCACCAAAGUGCGAGAGUCACUACUGAACCAGAGCCGCUGGGAGCCCGCACUCAGGGGCGUGAGCUGGAGGGUUGAUGUCCAGGCGGGGGACAGGAGAGGAGACACGGCCCACAGCGGGGCAGUCGCUUUGGUGGAGCUGGAGCUGGGACGAACAGGAGAGAGUUCAGACUUUGUGUGUUUGGAGAUGGAUGAGAGCAAAGUCAAUCUUUUACUAAAGAAAAUGGGCGACAUUCAGCAAAGCAUCGACCGAAUCGUCCACCACUCGCCACAGAAAUCUGAGGAGGCCUGAACAAGACUGAAAAAGACUGAAAUAUAAUGUGCCUGUUUUAUCAUUCAUCCAACUUCAUCAUGGGGUCCAGAUUAUUUUUUGCUAUGAAUAGAAUAGACUGUGAAAGUGUAUCAAUGCCUAUUAUUGUUAUCCAUUUGCCUGUUUUCUAUUGAUUAAUUUGCUUGUCUGUUUCUCUUUCAUUGUUGAUUUUCUGAUUUUCUGUUGGUUAAAUCAUUCUCAUUAUCAUUAUGAGAAUUGAACACAUUGUCUGUGUUUCUUGUUGAUUUCUCCUGAGGCAAUGGUGACAUGUGAGCCUUUUAUAUAUCAAAUACAUUCAUUCUAUACAGAUUUUGAAGCAAAAAUGUCACUCAAGACCUCUAUGUAAUUUUUAAUUGUAACCCUUUGUAGUGUUACCUGUCCUCAGGUAUAAAAGUGAAUUAUCACAUAACAAUGAGCAGAUGUGACUCUACUUUUGUAAUAUAUGUUUGUCAUUCUAGUUUAAAUACUCAAGAGACUUUGAAGGGAAGAUGUUCUAAGGGGGAGACUGAGGAGAGACUUGCUUGGGCCGCCGGGGGGCUGCUGGAGGGCUGCUGGAGGGCUAUGGCCAGGUCAGGCCUGGGCCUUAUCCGGCCCAUAUCUGUUGUAACAAAGAAUAAACAUUUUUAUAUUUCAUAUGUCACCAACAGUUUAGUCCUGGUCUGGUAUAGGUUUGGUCCCAAUUUUAAUUUGGUACAUAGAGCAAGUAUUGAACGCACCCUAAAAGCCCUUAACAUGCAAAUGGUGAACAAAAGACCCCAGGUGUUCCAAGAAUCAAACCAGGGCCCCUUCACAGUGAGAGAUUGCUAACCAGUGCUAAUCCCACAUUGUUAUUAUUGACAAAAUCUGUCAACAUAUCAACAGAGAAAUAAUAACGAUUUCUUGUUUCUUGCACUUGUAGACUUGACUGAUUGACUGAUUUAAAUGUAUUCUGAUUUGUUAAUUUGCUAUUUUAAGCAAAAGUAAUUCUCUCUUCCUCAAUAAUUAUUUUCCUGCUGAAGCUUGUUUUGUCCAAAGAGCUUAAACUCCAACUAUAAUCUGUCCGCAUGAGGUCAGGCUCACUAGACAGAAUUAUUAUUUUGGGAGGAUUUUUGUAAACAAUGAGACGGGAUAAAGUCUAUUAGGCCAAAAGGUUAAAUGUUGAUUAGUUAGAACAAUCUGGGCCCCGGUCCUUUGUGAUUAUAUAAGUUUUGUACAGUUACAGUUGAUCCGGUAGUAUUAUUACAUGUUUUUUGGUAUCUUAUUUAAUGCUUAGAUUUUUCCUCAAAUUAAUCUGUAUUUGAAUGGGAAUAAGUAAAUGUGUCGUUUCAUUCAUGUCUAUGCAUACAAAACCUAAUGUUGUCAGGAGAUAAGACUCGGGUACUUAUUGCUAUCUAUUUGCAAGACAUGUUUUGUUUUGAGGGCUUUUUUAUGUGGCUGUAGUUGACAGAAGACAUUCUUGGUUGACUAAAAACAUGCUGAUGAUUGAUUGGUCAACUAAAAAUGGAUCGAGGAAAAAGAUAUCAAAACUAUUAUGUAUCUCUGUGUAUCUGACCCAAACUGCACUCACAUGAGUACACCUGGGACUUCAUACAAAAGCAGUUGAAAAAAUGCAAAUAAAACAGGAGAUUCUUUU